AUGUCUCUCAGACCUGGAGAUCGUCUUGAGGCUGCGAAGAAGGAGGUGGUCCGUCUAUCCGGGCUAACUACGAAAGAGUACAAGUCUUCUCGGCAUGGACCAAACAGGCUCAGAAGCAAGGCUCGCGAGAUGAUUGAGGCCGCUCAAGCGGAGGAGGAGAAAGAAGCAGACGAGUUCCUACAGGAGAUGGGGUCCAGAUCUCACGAGGUUCCUAUUCAGAAGGAGGCUGUAAGCGUUGAGAAAGAGAAGGGAGUUGAAAGAAGAGCGAUGUUGGACGAGAAGGAGUUGCAGAGUGAAGAGCAUUCGGAGAGGACCGCGCGCAAAAAAAAGAUACCGAUCUCCAUCCGAAGACAAACUGUUCAAUCGAUGGGGCUGUCUUCAGGAGGUCAGGCACGAAGGCGUACAGAAACUCGAUAA